AAAAAACCAUAAAAAUGAAUACCAAUACUAUUGUUAUGUUACUUGUUGUUAUGAUCGUUGUAGCUGUAAAUGCUUAUGACGAGAGACAAAUUUCUCCCCAAGCCGCUUUAUGUAUGGAAAAUAUGGAAAGAUGUUCCGGUCAAUACAGAUGUUGUAAGGGAUAUAAUUGUGAAAAAAUGGGAAAUAGACGAGUUUGUGUCAGAAAUAGUGGAGGAAAUGGCAAUUGCGUUUCCUAUGGUGACCGAUGUACUCUAAACGGAUCACGCAGAUGUUGUAGAGGUACCUGCAGACGUGGCAUGAACGGAAGAUCUACUUGUCGAUAAACAUUGUAUACAGUAACAUGAACAAACAUAUUAUCUGUAAAAUAAAAUUUGUAAUUGU